AACCACUCUUCCUCAGUCACAACAAACACGUCGUCUUCCACUGACCAUAUCAGGAGGUACACAGCAGAGUGUGCAAUAAGGUUGCAAGGCAAGAGACGGGAUAUUUACCCAGGCUUUCUGCAGUGCGAUGUGCUCUAUGCAAGGCAAACGGACCCCUCAAAUCUACACACCACCGUACUGUGGCUCGGACAGACAUGUUCAACUGAAGACGCUACAAAAACAUUUUCAGCCCCGAAAGGUCCAUAUGGAACUAAAAAUGGCUGCAAACGUGAUAAUAUUACAGAGCAAAACUCUUGUGUUUGUAUGUCACCAGAAACUAUGAGCUAAGAAAGAAACAACACUUAUACUUUGCAAGUUGAAAAACAUGCUACUGAACUAAGGAAGAGAAACAACACUGUGUUUUCACAUCAUUCCACUGUAAAAGAACAACAAAAUACACUCGGACUGCAAGUUACGAGCAGAGAAAACGGAACAACACCAACCGAUUUACACACAACAUCAGUUGCAGUUGACACCUGACAGUUCCCCAAGUCCCAUACCGAGUAGUGGAGACGUCAUCAAUGGCCAAAGAGUGGGCAAUUAUAAGGGAAAUUGAAGCAAACAUGUGGGCACAAAUUUUACUGUGAGGCAAAUUUGUCCUAAUACGUCAAAACUGUUUUCUUGGAACACAUGCAAAACGUUGAACCAGUUUACCAUCAAAAAGGGCAUAAGUGUAGGUAAAGC